CAUAAAAAAAUAAAAAGAACAGUGGGCAUUAUGAGCGGAUGCGAACCGAGCCAGAGACAUAAGACACAGACCUCUGAGCUGCUGCGAACCCAGCCACAGACAUAAGACACAGACGUCUCCCUCUGACGUCUCCCACUCACAUCUCCACCAUCACUGUGGACAAUUUUAAGAACACACUCAAUUCCACGCUUGUUUAGAGGAGCUAAUGAGGCAGAUCGUCGAGGCGAGAGGGUGUGUAAAUUGAUUUUUUGCGGAAGCCGUGGGUCGAGCGAGAGAGUCAUGAGAGGCGUUGUGUUGCUGUGUCUGGUGUGCGUGUGGAGCUGGCCGGGGCAUGUGGAGGCUCAGUUCCCCAGGGCUUGCUGCACCGUGGAGGGGAUCACCUCCAAGCAGUGCUGCCCGGCUUUGGGCUCGGAUCCAGCCAACAUGUGUGGAACUUUAUCUGGACGAGGAAACUGCUCCAACGUGAGAGUGGAUACCAAGCCCUGGGGUGGACCUUACAGACUGAGAAAUGUGGAUGACAGAGAGAGAUGGCCAACUAAAUUCUUUAAUCGCACCUGCAGGUGCAGUGGUAACUUUGCGGGCUAUAACUGUGGGGACUGUAAGUUUGGCUGGACAGGGCCUGAGUGUGACCAGUUGAAGCCCCGUCUGGUACGGAAGGACAUCCACUCUCUGACCCCCGCUGAGGUUCAGGUGUUCCUAGACGUACUGGACCAGGCCAAGACCACCACGCACCCCGACUACGUCAUCGCAACGGAACACUGGCUCGGUCUGCUGGGCCCCAACGGCACUGAGCCCCAGAUUGCUGAUAUCUCCAUUUACGACUUCUUCGUCUGGCAACAUUAUUACUCGGUCAGAGACACACUAUUAGGUCCAGGACGACCGUUCAAAGCCAUUGAUUUCUCCCACAAAGGCCCUGCCUUCAUCACUUGGCACAGGUUCCACCUCCUCACCCUGGAGAGGGAACUACAAAAACUGACAGGGGAUGAAAACUUUGCUGUCCCAUUCUGGAACUUUGCCACCGGGAAGAAGGAGUGUGAUGUGUGCACGGACGCUCUCCUGGGGGGCCGCGAUCCUAACGACCCCACCCUCAUCAGCCCAAACUCCAGAUUUUCUAAAUGGGGAGUGGUCUGUAACAGCCUGGAUCAAUACAACCAGCUGGUCACCCUCUGCAACGGCACGGGCGAAGGCCCCCUGAGGAGAGGCGUGAUGGAGAGCGCCAACCUGACCCUGCCCACCAUGACCGACAUCAGGAGCUGCCUCCGGCUCAGGGACUUCGACAGUCCCCCCUACUUCACCAACUCCACAUUCAGCUUCAGGAAUGCUCUGGAGGGCUUUGACAUGCCUGAUGGAGAGCUGGACAGCUCAGUGACUAACUUGCACAACCUGGUUCACUCCUUCCUCAACGGAACCAACGGCCUCGCACAUGCUGCUGCCAAUGACCCCAUCUUUCUGCUGUUGCAUGCCUUCACCGACGCCAUAUUCGAUGAAUGGAUGAGGAAGUUCCCACACAACUCCAGCUUCCCUGAUGAGAUGGCCCCUAUUGGCCACAACAGGCAUUACAACAUGGUGCCAUUCUUCCCCCCAGUCACCAAUGAGGACAUCUAUGUGGCAUCAUCAGAUCUGGGCUAUUCCUAUGCUGUAGAACUGGAAGAAGUGGAGGGAACGCCGGUGGUGGUGCUGGGCUCCGCUCUGGGCGGCGUGUUCCUGGGCCUGCUGCUGCUGCUUAUGCUGGCCCUGCUGUACGUCCAGCAGAGGAGGAAGAGAGGCUUUGAGCCCCUCAUCAAGGCCGAGUUCACUCAGAAGAGAUACACGGAGGAGGCGUGAGGCCAGCAACAGUGGAGAGGCUCGGAGACGAAACAUGCACCACUUGUUGUUCUUUUGUAAUUAGACCUGGGUAACUGGGCACUGUCUUCAGUUGACUUUCUUACUGUAAGAUUAAAGGGCCCUGUUCCUCAACA